UGGGCGGCCUCCCCGCCCGCCCGAGCGCUAGGAGGACCGACCCGCGGGGACCUGCUGGGGGCAGGACCCGGGGAGCAAGAUGGCCACGGUCAUCCCCGGCCCCCUGAGCCUAGGCGAGGACUUCUACCGCGAGGCCAUCGAGCACUGCCGCAGCUACAACGCGCGCCUGUGCGCCGAGCGCAGCCUGCGCCUGCCCUUCCUCGACUCGCAGACCGGCGUGGCCCAGAACAACUGCUACAUCUGGAUGGAAAAGACCCACCGCGGGCCGGGUUUGGCUCCAGGACAGAUCUACACAUACCCCGCCCGCUGUUGGAGAAAGAAACGGAGACUCAACAUCCUGGAGGACCCCAGACUCCGGCCCUGCGAGUACAAGAUCGACUGUGAGGCACCCCUGAAGAAGGAGGGUGGCCUCCCCGAAGGGCCUGUCCUCGAGGCUCUCCUGUGUGCAGAGACAGGGGAGAAGAAGAUUGAGCUGAAGGAGGAGGAGGCCAUUAUGGACUGCCAGAAACAGCAGCUGCUGGAGUUUCCGCAUGAUCUCGAGGUGGAAGACUUGGAGGAUGACAUUCCCAGGAGGAAAAACAGGGCCAAAGGAAAGGCGUACGGCAUCGGGGGUCUCCGGAAACGUCAGGACACCGCUUGCCUGGAGGACCGAGACAAGCCGUAUGUCUGUGAUAUCUGUGGGAAACGGUAUAAGAACCGGCCAGGGCUCAGCUACCACUACACCCACACCCACCUGGCUGAGGAGGAGGGGGAGGAGAACGCCGAGCGCCACGCCCUGCCCUUCCACCGGAAAAACAACCAUAAACAGUUUUACAAGGAAUUGGCCUGGGUCCCUGAUGCGCAGAGGAAACACACAGCCAAAAAGGGGCCUGACGGCACCGUCAUCCCCAACGGCUACUGUGACUUCUGCCUGGGUGGCUCCAAGAAGACGGGGUGUCCCGAAGACCUCAUCUCCUGUGCUGACUGUGGGCGAUCAGGACACCCCUCGUGUUUACAGUUCACGGUGAACAUGACGGCGGCCGUGCGGACCUACCGCUGGCAGUGCAUCGAGUGCAAGUCCUGCAGCCUGUGCGGCACCUCGGAGAACGAUGGUGCCAGCUGGGCGGGUCUCACCCCCCAGGACCAGCUGCUGUUUUGUGAUGACUGCGAUCGGGGUUACCACAUGUACUGCCUGAGCCCCCCCAUGGCGGAGCCCCCGGAAGGGAGCUGGAGUUGUCACCUCUGUCUUCGGCACCUGAAAGAGAAGGCGUCUGCCUACAUCACCCUCACCUAGGCCUGGCUCUGGCUCACCGGGGCCUCUGGGGUGCUGCCUCCCACCGGCCUCUCGGGGCUCCUCUGCUCCCUCCUCAUCCUUAACGCCCCCGUGGGAGGGGCGAGGGGAGCCCGAGAGGCCUGGGCCGCCCCCUCUGUGCAAGUGGAAUGUUCACCCUGUGGGCUGGUGGCCCAGCAGGUCUCCUCUCCCCUCCUCCCUCCUUCCCCAUCCUUUGGCAAAUGGGCACCAGGGGCUCUGCUCCCCUCAAAGCCAUACCCCGCCUCUGGGCGGGCACGAGGGGUGGUGGAUGCCUGCCGGGGGCCUGGACCCAGCCUUUUUCUACAGAAAAAGUCAAAAAGUUAAAAAAAAAAAAGAAAGAAAAGAAAAAAGAAAUUAAUAUAUACAAAGAGUCCUAUAAGGCCUGGCUGGGUGGAGGGGGCACCGCUGAGCAAGUCCACAGGGCACCAGUCUGCCAGCUUCCUGCCUGGCGGCCCCUCCCCCCAGCUGUGGAGCUGCAACUGCCCCACCUCCCCACCCCCAGGUGGGCACCAUUCCCCCCUCUUGCCCAGGGCAGGUGGGUGUGGUGUCCACCCUCGUCCCUUCUUGGUGCCCAGCCCACCUCUUGGUGCCCACCGUGGAUACUGCAUGAUGUGAACCAUGGUUUUGAACUCUGUCCCUGCCCCCUCCGAGAGCCCCACCCCGCCUGCCAGGCCACAGGUGUUGUGGUGGGGCAGGUGGGCCCCUGCCCAGCGCCCGCUGGGAUGAGAAGCACAGACUCUGCAAAGGACUAGUUUUUCCUCCUCCCCCAGCCCUGAUCCGCCCCAUCCCGGCCAGGCCGGGCUGCCCCCACCCUCCUCGCUGGCCAUACUGGGGGUAGCGAGGGGCAGUGGUUGUUUCUCGUGGUUGUGUGUAUUUGUUGUUCUGGUUAAAAAAAAAGGGAAACUGAGACUGCAAGUGGGUGAGGUUGUGGGUUUGGGGGGUCUCCCCCAAUCCAGGCAUGCCCCCCUGUACACGAGUCUCCUUUAUUGCCUGCCUCUGCUGUGAAUUAACUUGUUCUGUGUAUUAAACUGGGCCUGACCCCUCUGCCACGA